AUAAUCCUGGGCAAGAUGGACCAAAGUUACUGGAUUCCACAAAGUAAGAGAGAAGCUGACCUGUUGAAAGGCGUUUGUUGCUGGAAUCCCAACAUGAAGACUGGAUUUUUUCUUGUCUUCUUUAAACUGUGUGUUGGCAUGUGCUUAUCAGAUAGAACAGCUGAGCUUUCAGAGAUGGAGACACAGCAGCCAAUACUCUGGCCUUCCAAUGGCACUGAUAAACAAUAUUCAUAUAAUAAUGCACCAGAUCCACCAGGAGAAGAGUCCACUCUAGUGGUCUCCAUGUACAACUUCACUGGACAGAACGCCAACUUUGGAUUCAAUUUAUACAGGAAAAUAGCAAUGAAGCAUGACAACAAUAUGUUCUUCUCUCCAUUGUCAUUGUCCUUCUCUUUGGCGGCCUUGAUGCUGGCUUCGAAAGGAGAAACACGUGACCAAAUAGUCCAGUCUCUUAACUUCCAGUUGCCAAGAGGCAAAGAGCAUCAGCUUCUAGUUUUGUUCCAGCAGCUAAGAGGCAACAUCUCCAAGAAUGAGGAGUCCACUCUUUUGCAAGAUAGCUUCUCUUUCAUCCAGAAAGAUUUCAGGAUUAAGGACGUCUUCCGCAACUUGUCCAAGGAAUACUUUGACAUGGAGAUUUUGACGGUAGAUUUCCAGAACUCAACUCUUGCCAAAGAUCUCAUCAAUCAGCAUAUUAAACAAAAGACCAGAGGGAAAAUCCCCAAAUUGUUUGAUGGAUUUGAUGAGCAAGCUAAAAUUAUUCUGGUGAAUUGCAUUCUCUUUAGAGGCAAAUGGCUGAACCCGUUUCCUAGUAAGGCCACAGCACUGGAACCCUUUUUUAUAGACAAUUACAGGACCGUCCAAGUGCCGAUGAUGUUCAAGACAGAGAGGGUUGCCUCCACUUUCGAUAAGAACUUGCACUGUUAUGUGUUAAAGCUUCCAUACAGAGGGAGUGUGCACAUGCUGGUUGUCAUGCCUGGGAGGGAGAAUGAUUAUAUGUCCUUGGAAGAUCAUUUAACCAAUGAGCUUGUGGAGUCUUGGCUUAGACAUAUGAAGAUCAGGAAAAUGGAUAUUUACUUUCCAAAGUUCAGACUAGACCAGAAAUACCACAUGGAUCAAUUGCUUCAGGAUCUGGGAAUUAAAGAUGUGUUCUCUUACAAAGCGGACCUAAGCCACCUUACAGAUCAGAAAUAUGUCAAAGUUUCCCAGGUUCUCCAGAGAGCAGUUAUUGAAGUGGAUGAAAUAGGGACUGAUGCUGCCGCUGCCAGUGGAUCAGAAAUCAUAGCAUACUCAAUGCCUCCUGUCAUCCGGAUGAAUCGGCCAUUCCUUUUCAUGAUCUAUGAAGAGAGCAUGCAUGCUUUGUUGUUUGUGGGUAGAGUUGUUGAUCCUACAGCUUUGUGAAUAAAAAGAAGUUUCCAUUCA